CGGCGGCGAAAGGUGCUGUCUUGCUACGACUGCCGCCGACGAAAGCUUCAAUGUGACCGUGCGCUGCCAGCAUGUGGUCGAUGCACCAAGGCAGGCCAAGCUUCGAAUUGCUUGUAUCUGGAAGAUGCUACAGAUGCCCCGCUGCGCGAUCCAAUACAGGAGAACAAGCCCGGAUCCCAUCACUCCACCAAACUCCCCGCCUUCUACAGCCACUCCUCUCGACCCAGUGGCGCAUCCGCCCCGACAGGAGAUCUUUUGUCGCGAUUAGAAUAUCAAGAUGGCCGAAUCAGGCAGCUGGAGGGACUGUUGGCAAAGGCCUCCGGCCAGCCCGGCAAGAUGCAUCUUCCACCUUCGCCUGAACACAAGACUAACAUCGACCAGGAUCGCGAAACAACACUGCUCCGAGGUCGAUCGUUCAAGACCCAAUUUCACGGCAACACCCAUCCCGGCGCACUGAUUGCUCGCAUACCGGAACUGCAUGGCUUUACUCGAGAAAUGUUCGACCAGUUUCCAGCGUUGGCCAGAAUCAAGGAUGACAUGGGCGCGCUUGAGAAUCGUGUCGACUAUGCGGGCUCGAAUUAUUCUGCUGUGUCUGAUGACGAGCUUAAGGCGAUGAUGCCAUUGAGAACUGAAGCAGAUCAGCUCAUUGAACUCUACCUCGACAGUUAUGGCAGUCUCUACCACGUCAUCCAUUUGCCAUCGUUCUGGAAAGAAUACACUGAGAUGUGGACAGAAGGGAUCGAGAGUGCCACUCCGCACUUCGUGGCGAUGCUUCUUCUUAUGAUGGCCGCUGUCCAAUGCUUGACAAGCGCAUCCCCUUGGCUGUACCGCGCGAACAGUUCCACAGCACGCGAGAAAGCCGUUGCAUGGAUAUCGGCGGUUGAUAAUUGGCUGCUGGCACAAAGCCAGAAGCACGUUGCAGCGAUUGACUUCCAGGUCAGAGUAAUACUGCUGGUUGCGAAGCAAGUAGCCGCACGAAAGUUUAAGAGGACAUGGACCGAAUGUGGAAGUGUUCUUCGCUUCUGCAUGGCAGCAGGCCUGCAUCGAACGCCUGACCUGAUACGAAAGCCGACUUCGGUGCUUGAUAAAGAGCUGAGGAAACGAGUAUGGGCAGCAGUGACCGAGCUGGAAUUGCAAGCGUCUUUCGAUCGCGGAAUGAUUUCGGCGCCGUGGGCGUUGCAAAGCGAUUGUCCUGCUCCGACACACAUUAGUGACGACGAUAUCGAUCAAGAGACGCCUCACCUACCUGCUCUCCGAAGACCGAACGACUUUACUCCCGUAUCGUUUCUCUGUCUGGCGAGCGAUUCCCACCAGCUUCGAGCAACACUCAACACAUAUCUGAACAACAUUCGCCAGCCAGUCUCUUUCGAAGAGUCGAAGAGAUUUACUGAUGAGAUAGACUACUUCCUCCAAUCCGUGCCGGAAUGGAUUGGCUCAAGUUCAGAGAUACCUCGCGCCAUGCUCUCCAUCAAUUUACGGCAGUAUCUCCUGGUAUUGCACGACCGCCAGAUCAGAACGGCGGAGACAAAGGCGGAGCGUGAUUUCUCCCGCAUGAUCCUGAUCGAGACUGCGACUAGGAUGAUAGAGGCCCAUAAAUCACUCACAUCUAAAGGCUGCCAAGCUCUUGAGUUGCUCUGCAAUGAUCAACUUCGAGCAGCUUUGUCAUUGUGCCAUAUUACAGCAAACAAU